UAGCAACAAUCCAACUGCUUCAAUGGUUCUCAGCGUGAUUUGCGCCUGGUUACGGAACGACCUGCGAGUGCAUGAUUCUCUAGUCCUCAGCCGCGCUGCACAGUUGUCCAAAGAGCAGAAAUUGCCGGUGCUGCCUGUCUACUUCUUUGACCCGCGACAGUUCCAACAAACCAAGUUUGGGACGCUGAAGACGGGUGCCUUUCGCGCCCUCUUCCUCCUUCAAUCGGUGCGAGUGUUGAAGCGCCGAUUGCGAGCAAUCGGCUCCGAUCUCUUGAUCCAGGUUGGAAAACCAGAGGAACUUUUGCCCAAGCUUCUGGACAAAAAAUCCAUUGUGUUGACCCAGGAGGAAGUGACCUCGGAAGAGCUUCGCGUGGACGCUGCCUUGCGGCAGAGUCUGCAAGCGAAUGCUGGAUGCGAGGCUUUCGAAUAUUGCUGGGGCAGCACUUUGUUUCACAAAGACGACUUGCCCUUCCAGAAGGACUUGCGGGAUGCCCCGGAUGUCUUUACCAGCUUCAAGAACCAGGUCGAGCCGGAAAUGGCCGCAAGGGUCAAUGAGGUGCCCGACACCUUCCGCGGAAACAAGAAGAGUCGAAGUGCUAUGGGAGUCAGGCCCUGUUUGCCGGAGCUGCGCUAUGGUGAUUUGCCGCUGCCAAGCACCGGCGCCAGCUUGGAUUUCGAGCUGAUCUUUGAGCCUGAAUGGAAGGACCUUCCGUAUGCAACCCGGGUCGACGAACCAACUUUGCCAGAGACGGCAGCCACCCAGUUCGAAGGGGGAGAGGAGGCAGCCCUUCAUCGGCUCCAGUACUACCUGUUUGAGUCCAAUCAUAUUGCGAAAUACUUCGAGACCCGCAAUGGGAUGCUUGGCCCAGACUAUUCCACGAAGUUUGCCCCAUGGCUGGCCUUUGGCUGCUUGUCGCCUCGGAAAAUCUUCGAGCAGAUUCGAGAGUACGAGAAGGAACAAGUGGCUAACAAGUCCACUUAUUGGGUGCUCUUCGAGCUGCAACCAGAUUUUCAAACUGCAUGGCAUAGCUGGAGGAAGAGACUGGAAGUCUGACAUGCAGCUCUUCCAGCUUUGGGCCGAAGGACGGACGGGCUUUCCAUUGGUCGAUGCCAAUAUGCGGGAGCUGCGCAAACUGCUCCAAAGCCAUCUACAAACCACCGCAGAGGCGCC